AUAUGGAUUAAGUCAAGUUUCAAAUAUUUACUUGAAAAGAUGCAACAAUUCGUGUUACAAGUUACAUUAGCAGUUUUAUUUGUUUUAUCGGGCCAUGUAACAAGCCAAGGGCCUGGAGGUGGAGCUGGUGGAGAUAUGGGCGGCAGAGCUGGGGCUGGCGUUAGCAUGGGAGCCAAUGUUGGAAUGGGAGCCGGAGCCGGUGCUGGAGCUGGCGGCGGAAUGGGAGGAAAUAGUGGAAUGGGAGGUGGAGCAGGGGGUCCACCGGGUGGUAUGAGAGGGCCUAACAAAAAAUUUUAUGAAGAAAAUGAAAAUGUUGGAAUAGAAAAUCCGAAAGAAACGAGAAUAAAAAGGAGUGUUCAAACCUUGCCAGAUAAUUAUAUAAACAAUGAACAAUUUUCCGGUUUAACUAAACAGGAACAAAAUAUAAGAUUAAAACGCGAAAUACUAAAAAAUGAAUUUAAUCAAUUUGAACAAUUUCGUAAAGAAAAAUUAUUUUUCCAAAUGAGACCAAAACGAACUCCCAAAGAUUAUAACGAAGAUCGUUUAUCAAGUAGUGAAGAAUCUGGUAGUGACGAUGAAAGUUAUGAGAAUAGUGAAAGUUCCGAACAAGAUAAUGGUAAAAGAAAUCGUCGUGCUGUGUUUGAUGGUAAAACUCGCCAUAUUAAAGGUAAUCAAAACGGAAAUUACAUGGAAAAUAUUAAACCAUCCUUGAUUAUAUCAGAACGAGGAACUGUUCAAAGUUUUAGUCGUGUUUUUGUUUAAUUCUAAUUUGCAAAAAAUAUCAGAAAUUAAGAAUUGAUGUAUUGAAAAAUUUGCUUUAAAAAUUUAUUUAUAAAUAAUUAAUGAAACAACACUAUAUCCUCCGGCAUUUCUAUUUUUU